GACGUAUCAAACGGAAGAUUUACCCGGAUAGAACCUUAAGUAAUAUCAACCAGAUGCAAGAUGGUACUGAGAGAUGCCGGAUCCGUUGGGCAGUCGAUGUCGAGGCCGAAAUGGAACAUGGUCGCUUCCAUCAGUAUUUGCGUUUGCUCCCCGCAAACGACCAAGAGCAGGUUCUCCGCUUUCUUCAGCCCAUUGACCAGCAACGUGCACUAGCCAGUCGCCUCCUGCAGCGGUGCUCCGUGUGCCAUGCGCUAGGGGUGCCUUGGAGCGCAGUCACCCUGUCCCUCACAAAGGGCCGCAAGCCCUUUACCACUAAC